AUGGCGGCCUCGGUGCGUGCGUCAACGUCGGAACAGGGCGCCAAAUUCAAAUUCGCGGCCAUCUUGAACGAGCGGAAUCCCGGCUCGCAGCGCGCCUGGAGUAAUGAAGGUGACGCCAUCAAAGUUUUUGUGCGGAUUCGCCCACCUGCAGAGGGUUCUGGAUCAGCUGAUGGGGAGCAGAACUCUUGCUUGUCUGUGCUGUCUUCCACGACGCUCCGGCUGCACUCCAACCCCGAGCCCAGGACCUUCACCUUUGAUCACAUUGCUGGCAUGGACGCUACUCAGUGCGAGUGUGACGUGCUCUUGCAGUGCAGCUGCAUGCGUUCCAUCCGGAGGUCUCUCACAUCCCGGGUGGACUCCUGUAUUAAGAACAAAAAUGAACAGCUAUAUAUUUUACAUUUUUUAGGACCAUCUGAAUCUGAUAAUUUUUCUCAUAACCUGCGAGGAGUAAUCCCACGAAGUUUUGAAUAUUUGUUUUCCUUAAUUGAUCGUGAAAAAGAUAAGGCUGGAGCUGGGAAGAGCUUCCUUUGUAAGUGUUCCUUUAUUGAAAUCUACAACGAGCAGAUCUAUGACCUGCUGGACUCUGCAUCGGCUGGACUGUACUUAAGGGAGCAUAUCAAGAAGGGAGUCUUCGUUGUCGGUGCUGUGGAGCAGGUGGUGACCUCAGCUGCCGGGGCCUACCAGGUGUUGACUGGAGGAUGGAGGAACAGGCGCGUGGCAUCGACCUCGAUGAACAGAGAGUCCUCGAGGUCUCACGCAGUCUUUACAGUCACAAUAGAGUCGAUGGAGAAAAGCAGCGAGACUGUGAACAUCCGAACCUCCCUGCUCAAUCUGGUGGAUUUAGCAGGAUCUGAAAGGCAAAAAGACACCCAUGCAGAAGGGAUGAGGUUGAAGGAAGCGGGCAACAUAAACCGAUCUCUGAGCUGCCUGGGGCAAGUGAUCACUGCGCUUGUUGACGUGGGAAAUGGAAAACAGAGACACGUUUGCUACAGAGACUCCAAGCUCACCUUCCUGCUCCGGGACUCCCUUGGAGGUAAUGCCAGAACAGCCAUAAUCGCAAAUGUUCAUCCUGGAUCCAGGUGUUUUGGGGAAACGCUGUCAACGCUAAAUUUUGCUCAGAGGGCCAAGCUGAUUAAAAAUAAGGCAGUGGUAAACGAAGAUACCCAAGGCAACGUGAGCCAGCUCCAAGCUGAAGUGAAGAGGCUCAAAGAACAGCUGGCCCAGCUAACCUCAGGGCAGAUGCCACCAGGAACCUUUCUGACCAGAGACAAAGAUGAGACGGAUUACAUGAAAUAUUUCCAAGAGGCAAUGUUACUGUUUAAGAAGUCUGAACAGGAAAAGAAGUCUCUGGUAGAAAAAGUUACCCAGUUAGAAGACCUCACCCUCAAAAAAGAGAAAUUUAUUCAGUCUAAUAAGAUGAUUGUGAAAUUCCGGGAAGAUCAAAUAACACGUCUGGAGAAGCUCCACAGGGAAUCGCGGGGCAGUUUCCUGCCUGAGGAGCAGGAUCGUUUGCUGUCGGAAUUGAGGGACGAGAUUCAGACUCUGCGAGAACAAGUAGAGCACCACCCCAGAGUUGCCAAGUAUGCAAUGGAAAAUCACUCCCUCAGGGAGGAGAAUAGAAGGCUGAGGUUAUUGGAGCCCGUGAAGAGGGCCCAGGAGAUGGACGCACAGAUGAUCGCGGUGCUGGAGAGAGCUUUCCUCGAGGCGGCCGGCACAGAGAGACAUGGCAGAAACCAAGUUGUUGACUUAUUAUCAGGUCAGCAAGCAUUUUCUCCUAAAGCUGCAAAAGAGCCACGUUCUGUAGCAAACACUGAGAAGCUAAAAGCACAACUUCUACAAAUUCAGACAGAGCUGAAUAAUUCAAAGCAAGAGUAUGAAGAAUACAAAGAACUGACUAGGAAAAGGCAGCUAGAAUUAGAAUCAGAGCUUCAGUCUUUGCAAAAAGCGAACCUUAAUCUUGAAAACCUUUUGGAAGCAACAAAAGUCUGCAAACGACAAGAAGUUUCUCAGCUGAAUAAAAUUCAUGCUGAGACACUGAAGAUUAUAACUACACCAACCAAGACUUACCAACUUUGGUCUCGACCGGCACAAAAGCUAAGCCCCGAAAUGGGGAGUUUGGCGUCUCUGCACACUCAGGAUGCUAGCAAAUUAGACAACGAUAUCUUCAAUGAGCCAGUUCCACCUGAGAUGAAUGAACAAGCGUUUGAGGCCAUUUCUGAAGAGCUUAGAAUGGUGCAGGAACAAAUGAGUGCCCUUCAAGCUAAGUUGGAUGAAGAAGAGCAUAAAAACCUGAAGCUUCAGCAGCACAUUGACAAACUUGAACAUCAUUCUACACAAAUGCAGGAGCUCUUCUCGUCGGAGAGAACUGAUUGGACCAAACAGCAGCAGAAGCAUCUCUCACAAUUGAAUGACCUUGAGAAGCAGCUGUGGGACACUCAAACUAAGAAUGACUUUUUGAAAAGUGAGGUGCAUGACCUGCGAGUCGUUCUUCAGUCUGCGGACAAGGAGCUGUCUGUGGUGAAACUGGAGUACAGUUCAUUCAAGGAGAGCCAGGAGAAAGAGCUCAGCGACCUUUCUGAAAGACACGUGCACGUGCAGCUGCAACUAGACAGUGUCAGAUUAGAAAAUGAAAAACUUCUUGAGAGCAAAGCCUGCCUUCAGGAUUCCUAUGAAAACUUACAAGAAGUAAUGAAGUUUGAAAUUGACCAACUUUCCAAAAAUCUCCAAAACUGCAAAAAAGAAAAUGAGACUCUGAAAUCUGAUCUGAAUAAUUUGAUGGAGCUUUUUGAGGCAGAAAAAGAACGCAAUAACAAAUUAUUAUUACAAUUUGAAGAAGAUAAAGAAAACAGUUCUAAAGAAAUCUUAGAUGUUCUUGAAGCUGUGCGUCAGGAGAAACAGAAAGAGAUGGCCAAGUGUGAGCAGCAGAUGGCAAAAGUACAAAGACUAGAAGAGAGUUUGUAUGCCACCGAAAAAGUCAUCCGUUCCCUGGAGAAGUCCAGGGAGGCUGACAAGGAAGCUGUCGCUGACCUCAGGAGCCAGAUCCAGGUGCUGAGAACAUCAGUCCGUGAGAAAACAGAGACCAUAGAUACCCUGAAGCAGGAACUGAAGGACAUCACUUGUAAAUACAACUCUGCUUUGGUCGACAAAGAAGAGAGCAAAGUGUUGAUUAAGAGACAGGAAGUAGAGAUUCUGGAUCUGAAGGAAACCCUUAGACUGAGAAUAAUCUCUGAAGACAUUGAGAGAGACAUGCUCUGUGAGGACCUGGCUCACGCUACUGAGCAGCUGAACAUGCUCACCGAGGCCUCGAAAAAGCACUCGGGGCUCCUGCAGUCCGCCCAGGAGGAGCUGACCAGGAAGGAGGCCCUGAUCCAGGAGCUCCAGCACCAGUUGAAACAAAAGAAAGAGGAAGUGGAACAGAAGAAAAACGAAUAUAACUUCAAAAUGAGGCAGCUGGAGCAUGUGAUGGAUUCUGCUGCCGAGUGUCCCCAGAGCCCUAAAACACCACCUCAUUUUCAAACACAUUUGGCAAAACUCCUGGAAACACAAGAACAAGAGAUAGAAGAUGGACGAGCCUCUAAGGUUUCUUUGCAACACCUUGUAACUAAGCUAAAUGAAGACAGAGAAAUCAAAAAUGCUGAAAUCCUCAGAAUGAAGGAGCAGUUGAGUGAGAUGGAAAACCUACGCCUGGAAGCUGAGCAGCUGAGAGAGAAAAACUGGCUCCUGCAAGAUCAGCUGGAUGAUAUCAAAACCCAAAAGGACAACAGGGAACAGAAUCAUCCAGACGACCAGCAGCUAAAGAAUGAACAAGAAGAACUUACCAAAGAAAGACUGGCUAAAAACAAGUUGGUUGAAGAAAUGCUGAGAAUGAAAGCAGACCUGGAAGAGGUCCAGAGCGCCCUCCAGAAAAAAGAAACAGACUGCCUGAGAAUGAGUGAGGAAGUCGAACGAACCAGAUCUUUGGAGUCAAAAGCAUUCCAGGAAAAGGAGCAACUGAGAUCAAAGCUAGAAGAAUUGUAUGAAGAAAAGGAGAGAACAUCCCAGGAGGUGGAAAUGUUAAGGAAGCAGGUGGAGUGUCUUGCUGAGGAAAAUGGAAAGUUGGUAGGUCACCAAAACCCAAACCAGAAGAUUCACUAUGUCAUGAGGCUGAAGAAGGAAAACGUGCGACUCACUGAGGUAAACGAUGAAAAUUAUUCUGAGUAA